AGAGGCAAGACCAAUAAGCCUUUCCAGCACCUCCCAGGAAAAAAAAAAAUCUAUUUGCACAGGACAGAAAUGUAUAUAAAGCCCUAGAAGAAGCUGAUGUUGCCUGUGAAUCGACAGGUAGUGAAGCUGCACACAAUGCCUCCAGCACUGAGCCUCAGCAUUGCCUGAAUGAACAUCUGGAUUACUGGCUGCAAAAUCAGCUUUAGUGUUUUUUGGAAUUUGUGGAAGUGAAUAUUCAGCUAAACCUUUCCAGUUACCCAGCUCAUUUUUCCUGCAUAAUUUAUAUUAUUUUAAAAAAUCAUGACUUGGAGAACUUUGUUAUUUUUUUAAUUCCUAUUUUACCAGCAUUUCCAGUCUCUCUUCACAUAAUCUCUUUUUUCACUCCAUGUCAAAUAUAUUCUCUGUUUAUUUUUGGAUGCAUUGACUUGUGAGUCACGAAAACCAUGUGCACACAUCUGGCUGUCACCUCUCUGCUUGCUUUGGAUCUACUGCUUCUCAUCCCUUCUUUGUGUUCCUCCUUACAGGAGGUUGUGGUUAUCCCCAAAAGGCUGGAUCCUGAUUUAAAUGGAAGAUAUUAUUUAAAAAAAGAAAAUGAUAAUGCAAAGGAUUUAGGGGUCAUUUUCCAAAUCACAGCUUUUUAUGAGGAUUUCUACCUUAAUUUGAUCCCUGAUGCACAGUUUAUUGCUCCAGCCUUUUCUAUGCACUUCCCUGGCUCUAUCCCUAAACAAUCACCCGAUUUAAGACAUUGUUUCUACUCAGGGGAUGUCAAUUCUGACCGUGAUUCUUUUGCUGCACUGAGCCUUUGUGGAGGAUUAAGGGGUGCUUUUGGCUACCAAGGGGAGGAAUAUCUCAUCAGACCUUUACAAAAUGUCACUAGAGACCAAUUGCAAAGCAGCCACCAGGGGCCGCACCUGCUACAGCGCAGAAAAGGACCUUUGAAGUCAGUAGACACCACGUCCAGGUGUGGAGUUGGUUCUGGUUUAAAUCAAGGUAUUAUGGAAGCUCUAAACAAAUACAAGGGCUCUCACAAUAAAAAGCAGUUGAAUGGCACUAGGUUGAAAGGCAGUCACCGGUCUCGGCGUUUCGCAUCCAUAACUAGGUAUGUGGAGACACUAAUUGUAGCUGAUGAGACAAUGCUCAAGUUUCAUGGUGAUGACCUUCAACACUACCUGCUCACCUUGAUGGCCACAGCAGCUCGAUUAUACAGACACCCCAGUAUCCAGAAUCCAAUCAACAUUGUGGUGGUGAAAUUUAUGGUGCUAACUGAUGAUGGGAAGGGUCCGAAAGUUACAACCAAUGCUGCCAUGACACUAAGAAGUUUUUGUGGGUGGCAGAAGAAAUGGAACAAAGUAAGUGACAAGCACCCUGAGUACUGGGACACAGCGAUCCUCUUCACCAAAAUGGAUCUUUGCGGUGCUUCUACCUGUGACACACUGGGAAUGGCAGAUGUUGGCACCAUGUGUGAUCCAAAACGAAGCUGUUCAGUAAUAGAGGAUGAUGGCCUUCCCUCUGCUUUCACAACAGCGCAUGAGCUCGGUCAUGUUUUUAAUAUGCCUCAUGAUAAUGUGAAGGUCUGUGAAGAAGCAUUUGGAAAACUGAGGGAGAAUUAUAUGAUGUCACCAACACUUAUACAAAUUGACAGAGCCAACCCCUGGUCUGCAUGUAGCGCAGCCAUCAUCACAGACUUCUUGGACAGUGGGCACGGAGAAUGUCUUCUGGAUGAACCAGCAAAACCCAUUUCCUUGCCAGAAGAACUGCCAGGUGCGAGAUACAGCCUAAGUCGACAGUGUGAGCUGGCAUUUGGCCUGGGUUCUAAACCUUGCCCUUACAUGCAGUACUGUACUAAGCUGUGGUGCACUGGAAGGGCACGGGGGCAGCUGGUAUGUCAAACCCGUCACUUUCCUUGGGCUGAUGGAACAAGCUGUGGUGAUGGAAAGUUCUGUCUCAAUGGUGCCUGUGUAGAAAGGCACAAUGUGAAUCGUUAUAAGGUGGAUGGAGCAUGGGGGAAAUGGAGCCCCUAUGGUCAAUGUUCUCGGACUUGUGGUGGGGGUGUACAGCUAGCCAAAAGAGAAUGUAACAACCCAGAACCCUCUAAUGGAGGCUCCUUCUGUGAGGGACUAAGAGUGAAAUACAGGUCUUGUUCACUAAAUCCUUGCCCUGAAACUGGUAAAAGUUUCAGAGAAGAACAAUGUGAAUCUUUCAAUGGUUUCAAUCAUAGCACAAACCGUAUCACUCAAACAGUAGGAUGGGUUCCAAAAUACUCAGGUGUCUCUCCAAGGGAUAAAUGUAAGCUUAUAUGCAGGGCCAAUGGCACUGGAUACUUCUAUGUGCUUUCUCCAAAGGUAGUCGAUGGGACACCGUGUUCUCCUGAUGCCACAUCUGUCUGUGUACAGGGAAAAUGCAUUAAAGCUGGCUGCGAUGGGCAACUUGGCUCAAAAAAAAAAUAUGAUAAAUGUAGAGUUUGUGGAGGUGAUAAUAAAAGUUGCAAAAAGAUAUCUGGUCUCUUCACCAAACCUAUACAUGGCUAUAACUUUGUGGUGACAAUUCCAGCUGGAGCCAGUAAUUUGGAUGUACGGCAGCGUGGUUACAAGGGCCUGAUAAAUGACGACAACUACCUAGCAGUAAAGAAUGCACAAGGCCGUUACCUGUUGAAUGGGAAUUAUAUUGUGGCUGCAGGAGAACGGGACAUUUCUGUCCGAGGGAGUCUUCUGAAAUACAGUGGGACAGGAACUGCUGUGGAAACAUUACAGGCUAUCAAUGUAAUUCAAGAAUCCUUGACAAUAGAGGUACUAUGUGUUGGAAAAAUGACACCUCCACGUUUAAGGUAUUCAUUUUAUAUCCCUAGAGAAAAGAAAGAUGGAAAAGUUGGACAGGUGAUAAGUAAUAGCCUAGCAGGUUUACCCCCGCCUUUACCUAGGCUCAAGCCUCAAUCCAACUGGAUAGCAGGAAACUGGGGAGACUGCUCUGUAAGUUGUGGUACUGGACACCAGAUUCGGACUAUUGAAUGUCGCGAUCCUUGGGAACAGCUGGCAUCAGACUGUCAGGCAGCCCUUCGGCCAUCUGAAAGAAGGACCUGUGGUGACCCUUGCCCAGUGUGGGAUGCUGGAGAAUGGUCAUCCUGCUCUAAGAGCUGUGGCCGUGGUUUUAAAAGAAGACAGUUGAGAUGCAGUGCAGAUGGUGGAGUAACACUGCCAAGAGAGCACUGCCAUCUGAAAAGAAAGCCUCAGGAGCUGGACUUCUGUAAUAUUCGGCCUUGCUGACAUUAUUGGGACAGUUGGAAUCUGGAGCAAGGAACCAGUUUCUGCUGCACUAUAUAUAUAUAUAUAUAUAUAUAUAUAUAUAAAUGUACUACAGAUGUGUCAUUUAUAAGGGUUCAAAAAAUGAAGAAGCCCAUUGUACUUAGGGAAAUAAAAUAUACUUUGCAUAAAUUGA